GAAAGGCGAUCUUUUUGUCGACGAUUUCGGUGCGAUUCUGACGGCGACGCGCGAGACAGCAGUCGCGACAAGUUCUUCGUCCGUCGUUCUUUAUGCUGCAUCAUAUAUCCCAUCCUCUUUACCACAUCUGUCGUAUUUAUUAGAUUUUUUUUCCUCGUCCUUUCUGGGCAAGCGGCUAUGAACCGUGUUUUAGCGCCUACGUUUCGGCUUCUCCGGACCUGAAUUUCACGCGUACGUCGACGCAGUUUUAUUGUGUUUUUCGCUCUUUGACCGAGACAAACCGCUGGUUGGACUUGCAUCACGCGGUCGUCUUCACCGCAAGGCACCAAAGCAGUGCAUGGCAGCUUACAAGGCACAUUCGAGUAGGGGAGCUGUGCUCCUAGCGGCCUUCCUCUUGCUGCUAGACUCUCCGGCAGAUGGCAGGAGACACCUCAUUCGCCAUGGUCGUCAGAGGCGGCAACACCAGCACCUGCACCACUUUCAGCAAAACGUGACACUGGGCCUGAACUCGGGCUCAUACCAGGAGUCUGGUCCGUGGGGUCCCUGGACCGCCAGCAGUUCCUGCUCGAGGACCUGCGGAGGAGGAGUCGCCUUCCAGACCAGAGUCUGCGAGGACUUCAGAGCCGACGGAUCCCACGGCUGCGUCGGUCCAUCUAAGAGGUACUUCUCCUGCAACGUCGAGGAAUGCCCAGACCACACGAAAGACUUCAGGGAAGAACAAUGCGCUCGAUUCAACAGCAUAGCCUUCGAAGGACGCUACUACAGCUGGGUGCCUUACUACAAAGCUGCCAAUCCGUGUGAGCUGAACUGCAAGCCGAGAGGAGAGCGGUUCUACUACCGACAUUCAGCGAAGACCAUCGACGGCACGCGGUGUCACGAUGACGGCAGCCUUGAUGUUUGCGUCAAUGGAGCUUGCAUGCCUGUUGGGUGUGACAAGAUGCUGGGUUCAGAUGCUGUGGAGGACAAGUGCCGCGUAUGUCGGGGGGAUGGUACAAGUUGUAGCACCAUUGAGGGCGUUUUUGACUUGGACAACCUCGAAGUCGGCUACAACGACAUCCUGCUGAUCCCAUCGGGAGCCACAAACAUCAGAAUCGAAGAGAAAUUUCCGACAAACAACUACCUCGCCGUUCGCAACCAGACUGGCUACUACUACCUCAAUGGCAACUGGCGCAUCGAGUUUCCUCGAAGCAUCCGGUUUGCUGGCACAGUGUUUCACUAUGAGCGGCGCAACCAUGGGGCCAACGCUCCCGAAAGCUUGGUCGCCCUUGGGCCUACCAUCGAGACCAUCCUCAUUGUGCUUCUGUACCAGGAGAAAAACCUUGGUAUCACGUACGAGUACUCGGUGCCUGCUGGUGUGAGCCGGCCGCAACCGGACACAUACAACUGGAACUCGGGUGACUUCGGGGAGUGUUCGCAGACUUGCGGCGGAGGUGCUCAGACCCGGCUCGUCUACUGCACGAGUGCAACCACAUUUGAAAAGGUGUCUGACGACCUCUGCAACCCGACCGUCAAGCCCCAAGCUGUGAGGGUCUGCAACCCAGAGCCAUGCCCGGCAUCUUGGUAUGUCGGUGAGUGGGAAAAGUGCUCCAAGACGUGCGGCAAUGGCACCCAGCUGCGGUUGGUGUUCUGCCAGCGGCGCACCGAGGCAGGCAGCGUGUUGGCCGAAGACGCGCACUGCGAGUCUGCCGGACCAAAACCGGAGCGCUUGCGGGACUGCAGCUCGGACGCUGAGUGUGCCUCCUGGGAAGUGGGCAACUGGACGGAGUGCGACCGGUUGUGCGGGCAAGGCACCCAGAUUCGAGAAGUCGUGUGCAUCAACCCACUCGAAGGCGACAAGGUUGAAGUUCUGGAUGACGCCGGUUGUGACGAGUCAUUGAAACCACCCACCAACCAAUCCUGCGAAAUCCGUACCUGCGAUGGCACGGAAUGGGUCACUUCACCGUGGUCAGGCUGCGAGGCCCCGUGCUCGUCGCGCAUCGAGACCCGGCAAGUGCUCUGCACCAACGAAGAAGGAAUGUUGUUCCCGGACGAAUACUGUGACGAUGAGAAGCGUCCCAACACAACCAGGUCGUGCGACGAGGAGGGUGGCUCUUUGGACGACCUUUGCCAGUACAUGUGGUACUACUCCCAGUGGAGUCCCUGUUCCACCGAGUGUGGGAAGGGCAUGCAGACCCGCAAGGUGUUCUGCGGCACCGCUAUUGACGGGAGCAUCGUUAACGUGACAGAUGACCACUGCAACCAGGAGGAUCUACUUGAGUCAACCAAGGAGUGCGUCAUUGAUGCUGUCUGCAACGGCACUUGGGUCGCUGCUCCCUGGAACCGGUGCUCGACGCCCUGUGGAGGCGGCCAGCGCAAAAGAACCGUCAUCUGCCAUGUGGACGGGAAACCAGCUGCGCCGAAGAACUGCGACUUCGGCAAGAAGCCGUUCGACACCGAGUCGUGCAACAUGGAUGCUUGUGAUGAAGAUGAAAUUAUUCCUCUGGGAGGCUGCAAGGAAUCUAAGCACGGCUGCUGUCCUGACGGCAUGACACCCGCUGGUCCAAACUAUGCUGGGUGCCCCAAGGCCGCCGUCGUCGAAGGUGGCUGCAAGGCGACCGAGUUUGGUUGCUGCUUGGAUGGUGUGACCCCGGCCUUUGGGCCAUUCAGGAAGGGUUGUCAGCAGCUGUCGCUCUGCAAUGGCACGCAGUUCGGCUGCUGUCCUGACGGCGAGACACCGGCUGAGGGCCCCGACAAUGAGGGUUGUCUCUUGGCCACGACCAACGUGACCCCCGUUUCCAAUUGCGCAGCUGCUGAAUGGGGCUGCUGUCCAGAUGGCAUCACUGCGGCCGAAGACGUGAACAAAACCAACUGUGUCGAAACCACGACGCCUGCGUUUGUACCCUGUGCCGACUCCCAGUUCGGCUGCUGUCCCGACAAUAUGACGGCAGCAGACGGUCCCGGUGGGCUAAACUGCAUCGAGGGGUCGGGCACGGAAGAACCCUGCCAGGGCUCAAUGCAUGGCUGCUGUCCAGAUGGCUUUUCAAUGGCCCAGGGACCAAACAACGAAGGCUGUCCACCCUUCUUCCAGGUCACGCCAAUCGCCAACUGCUCUCUGUCAACGUACGGUUGCUGCGCAGACGGAAUUACUGCCGCCCUGGGUACAGACGGGCUCGGCUGUGAAGAUGAGAUCGAAGGAAGUGGGACCGAACCGACGGACUGUGAGAAUACGCUGUACGGCUGCUGUCCGGAUGGCAAAACGCCAGCGAGCGGUGUGGGUCUCGAAGGGUGUGACGACUGUAGGAACACCACGUUUGGUUGCUGUCCUGACGGCGUCAGUGCCGCGAAGGGAGAGGCGUUCGAAGGUUGUGCGGAGGGCUGCGAGGGCACCAAGUAUGGCUGCUGUCCUGACAAGGUCACGCCAGCCAAGGGACCCGACUUCGAGGGCUGCGGGAAUUGCUCAGAGUCGAUGCAUGGGUGCUGCGACGACAAUGUGACCUUUGCCCUAGGACCCAACGGCGAGGGUUGCUGUGUGGUUACAGAGUUUGGCUGCUGCCGCGACAAUGUCACGGCGGCAACGGCCGACGGCUGCAUCUGCAACGAGACAGUGCAUGGGUGUUGUCCUGACAACGUCACUGUCGCACUUGGUCCCGACUUCGAAGGAUGCACCUGUGAGCACUAUGCUUUCGGUUGCUGUCCUGACAAGAAAUCGCCGGCCGCGGGCCCUGACUUCGAGGGCUGUGUGAUAUGUGCCAACACAACCUUUGGAUGCUGCCCUGAUGAUGUCACCGCAGCAGUGGGACCCAACUUUGAAGGCUGUGAAGGCUACGAGACCAACUGCACAAACACCACCUUUGGCUGCUGCCCCGACGGAAUACAAGCUGCGGAAGGCGAACACUUUGCUGGCUGCGCUGUGGGCUGCGAAAAGACCCAGUUCGGCUGCUGUCCCGACGGACAGGUUCCGGCAUCAGGCAUCGGCUUCGAGGGUUGCGACAACUGCAGUGAAUCCUUGUAUGGCUGCUGCGCAGACAACACUUCCUUUGUCCUCGGCCCCGAUGGCGAAGGCUGUUGCUUCCACACCGAAUUUGGCUGCUGUUCUGACAACAAAACGGAGGCGCAGGGACCUGAUCGGGCUGGUUGCAGCUGCCACACGACACCACACGGCUGUUGCCCCGAUGGGAUUGCCACUGCUAGUGGGCCGAGGUACUACGGCUGCACCUGCCACAACUAUCCGUACGGCUGCUGCCAAGACAAGCACACGCCGGCCGGUGGUCCAAACUUUGAAGGAUGCAUCUGUUCGCGCCUGCUUUACGGUUGCUGUCCCGAUGACGUCACUCCUGCUGAGGGCCCCAACCUGCAAGGCUGUCCGUGCCAGAUCAUGGAGUUUGGGUGCUGCCUGGACAGGCGUACUCCGGCUCGUGGACCUAACCUUGCCGGUUGCGGUUGCGAGACUAUGCCCUAUGGCUGCUGCCCAGACCGACAAACGCCGGCUCGUGGGCCUGCCUUCGGUGGUUGUCCGUGCACGGCGAUGCCGUACGGCUGCUGCCCCGACCAAAUCACUGCUGCUCAAGGACCGGACGGCCGCGGCUGCGAGUGCCAGAAUCUGGUCUAUGGCUGUUGUCCUGAUGGCCGUACGGCAGCUACGGGCCCCAGUCUGACGGGCUGCACGUGCCACCACUAUCCGCACGGCUGUUGCCCCGAUGGGCGAACUCCGGCUCGAGGACCCGAGUACGACGGCUGCACGUGCGCCAUGACUGCAUACGGCUGCUGCCCCGAUGGGGUCACUGCUGCCAGAGGUCGCAAGUUCGAGGGUUGCCCCGAUACAACGAUGGUCGUUCCCGCCAGGAAUGUCAGCGCCAGCGUGUGUGGUCUACCUGAAGAGCUUGGCCCCUGCCGCAAUUACACGGUCAAGUGGGUCUUCAACGUUGCUGACGGCCGCUGCAGCCGUUUCUGGUACGGCGGAUGCGAGGGCAAUGAAAACCGGUUCAACUCGGAGGAAGAGUGCGAGGCAAUCUGCGUCAAACCCGAAGGACCUGAUGCCUGCCUGCUGCCCAAGGUGGUUGGUCCGUGUGACGGCCAGUACGAGCACUGGUAUUUUAACUCGGCCACUCGCACCUGCGAGUCGUUCAUGUACGGCGGGUGCCACGGAAACAACAACCGUUUCACCAGCCAACACCUGUGCGAGCAGACGUGCCUGCACCAAGAAACGCUUGACCCAUGCGAACAGUCCGCAGCACCAGGACCGUGCAGGGGUAACUACCCACGUUUCUACUAUGACCGGCAAGAGAACCGGUGCAAGCAGUUCACGUAUGGUGGUUGCCAGGGCAACGCAAACAACUUCGCCACGGAGGACGAGUGCUCGGAAAGAUGUGUCAGGCUUAGUGCACAGGAGAUAUGCAUCUUGGCCAAGGAGGAAGGCCAGUGCCUGUCGGCAGACCGCAAGUGGUACUACGACUACGUAGAAGGGCGCUGCAAGGAGUUUGUCUACACGGGUUGCCAGGGCAACCGCAACCGCUUCAACACGCUUGACCAGUGUGAGCGCAUGUGCAACUCUACCAGAGUCGCCGUGUCACGCGAAAUCUGUGCCCUGCCGAAGGAAGAGGGUCCGUGUCGGGCGGCCAUCUUGCACUGGCACUACAACAUGGCGGCCGGACGGUGCGAGCAGUUCUACUAUGGCGGCUGUCAGGGCAACGCCAACCGGUUCGAGUCGAGGCUUGACUGCGAGCGUGCCUGCCUCGCUACCGGUCGAAACAUCUGCCUGCUGCCGCAAGAGGCCGGAAACUGCGUGGAGUUCCGCGAGCGAUGGUACUACAAUGCUGAGGAAGGUCGCUGUCACCGUUUUUAUUACGGGGGCUGUGAUGGAAACGAGAAUAACUUUGCCUCGCACCUGGAGUGCCAACAGAUGUGCAGACAACCUGCCCCAACAGACGAGCCUGAGGAAGAGUUCAGGCAGGAGUUCUGCUUCAUGCCUCACGAAGCGGGACCCUGCACCAACAUGGAGGUGCGCUGGUUCUACGACAAGCAAGAUGGCGUGUGCCGAGAGUUCUACUACGGCGGCUGCCUUGGAAACCGAAACCGCUUCCGAUCCCGCCGAGACUGCGAGGAACGGUGCUUCAGUUCUCAAGAUGUGUGCACGCUGCCGAAAGUGCAAGGACCGUGCAGUGGCACGUUCAUCCAGUGGUUCUACGACACCGAGACAGACCGGUGCCACGAGUUUACGUAUGGAGGUUGCCAGGGCAAUGCCAACCGCUUUAACGACCGUGAGGCAUGCGAGAAGAAAUGCCGCAAGGGGGCGCCGCUGCCCGUUGAGCGCCCCACGCCGCCUGAUGUGUGCACCCUUCCCAACCAGCCUGGGCCAUGCUAUGGCUUACUGAUGAUGUGGUACUUCGACACUGCAACUCGCGAGUGCCGCAACUUUACCUAUGGAGGCUGUGAGGGCAACGACAAUCGGUUUGAAUCCCUAGAGCUUUGUAAACAACGCUGUGCCCACGUUGUAGCGCCAGCAGUUGUAGAUACACCUGCACGGCGCCCCACUAAACCCUGGCCUAGCGUCAAAGGUGCAUGCAAGAGAAUGGCCGACAAGGGCGACUGCAGUGAGGUGCAUGCUCGAUGGUUCUACGAUGUAAAGACCGGCAACUGCCUCCCGUUCGUGUACACUGGCUGCGGAGGCAAUAGGAACCGGUUCAAGUCGCACGAAAUCUGCAUGAAAGUCUGCUCUGGGGUCACAAUGGACACCCCUGAUUAUGAAGUGGACGAACCGGGCACAAACGAGAAGCGGAUGCCGCCACCACCUUCUCGAGGGCACACGAGACCAGACCAAGAGUUGGAACCACGUGCAAAGCCACCAAUGCCCGUCACACCGUUCCCAGAACCGUUCCCACUGACACCAGCUGCUCCACCACAGACGCCGGCACCGGAGUGCCUCCCGUCCAACUGCGAAGAGCUGCAGUGUCCCCUUGGGAAGAACCAGACCGUGGACCAUCGUGGUUGCGUCCAGUGUCGCUGCAGCAACCCUUGCGAGACCUUUUCGUGCCACGAAGCAGAGCUUUGUAGGAUCGAGGCGUACCGAAGUCCUGACGGCAGGCCCAACUACCGACCGGUGUGCCGCCUGGUGAACAAGGCUGGCCACUGCCCCGUAGCCGAAGUCGAGGCACAGCCCGCAGCCGUGGUUCGAGCUGACUGCCGAGAUGUCUGCCGCGUGGAUGCCGACUGUCCAGACAUCCGCAAGUGCUGCUACAAUGGCUGUGCACACGUCUGCGUGCAGGCUGUUGUCACUGAGGUUACCACUGUUCAGACAUCCACGACAACGCAAGCCCCAAUUCUGACUGUUGAGCCAACAACUGAAGCCCCAUCUCCACCUGUGCACCGGCCAUCAGAACUGGCCGCACCUGCCAAGCCAGAGGUGACGGCCAACGCGGGCUCUGAUGUUACGCUGUCGUGCCUCGACCGGCCAUUCCUGAUCGUGUCUGUCGAGUGGACCUUCCGUGAUGAGCUGGUUGAGAGCAACGAGGGGCGCUUCAAGAUCUUGGUCGACGGCUCGCUGCACAUCUCCCAGCUGACGGGCGACGAUGCUGGGCCCUAUCGGUGCACCGCAGACGACGGGCACCAGAAGGUGUCGCACGUCACUAACCUCGUUGUUUAUGUACCGGCCACGAUCAGACCUUCGAGCGCAACAGUGACUGUGACCGUGUCAGAAACGGCCCGGAUGGCCUGCUUAGCCGUGGGCUACCCGAGGCCCGUCGUACAGUGGUACCGCAACUCGAAGCAGCUGCCACAACGGAGCUCGCGCUACGCCCAACUCGAUGACUUCACGCUCGCCAUCCGAAACGUCACCCAAGAAGACGAGGGCAUUUACAUGUGCCGCGCCUACAACUACCACGGCCAGCCGGCCGUCUGGAAGGUGUCUCUCUCGGUGCUGCCGCUUGGCCGAAACGCGGCGGUGCCGGGACGGCGCCGGCGUCGCGGCCACGGCUCUCCAGGUUUUUCGCACCGCCGCACGGGCCGAAAAACAUAUCUGACUGGCAACGAGGUGGUGACAGUCGACGUGGUGAUUGCAACGGGCGAGAACCGCGUGGGGGCGCCACUGCAGCUGGAUUGCUACGUGACGGGUGCCCCCGAACCACGCGUCUCUUGGCUGCACGAGGGCAAGCAGGUCGAAACGGACGGUCAUCGCGUUCUCAUGGAGAACCACACCCUGUACAUUCCGUCGGCAGCGAUGUCGGACGGGGGCGAAUACUCCUGUCAGGCAGACAAUGGCCACAGCAAUCAAUCUGUCUCGGUUCAUAUCGUCAUGGAUGACAUCCAUGUUCCGGAGUCGUGCACUGACAGCCCCCGCUUUGCGAACUGCAACCUCAUAGUACGUGCUCGUUACUGCACAAACAAGCACUACUCGAGGUUCUGUUGCCGUUCUUGCAUGCUUGCUGGCCAAAUUCAUGCUGAUGCCAAUGGGUACACCAAUGGCAAUGGAAACGGCUAUGACAAUGGAAAUGGAUACAGCAACGGAAAUGGUUACGGCAACGGAAAUGGUUACGGCAACGGAAAUGGCUAUGGCAAUGGAAACGGCUACAGCAAUGGGAACGGCUAUGGUAAUGGACACGGAAACCGCUAUGGAGGCGGCUUCAACAGUGGCAAUAGCUUUGGCAACGGCUACGUCAAUGGGUACAGUAAUGGAAAUGGUCAUGGCAAUGCAUACGGAAAUUCCACUGGAAACGGGAGCGGCAACAAAACCAACGAACUCGCCUAAGCGAAUCUUGCCAAAUCUGCAACUCAGGGUUUUCUUGUCCGGGUCUCCUUAUAUUUGAUUUUCAUUGGUCAUUGUGUGAAACCUCUUCAAAGCUUGCAAUGGCAUAUUUUUUCGUCACAUGUUCUAGGUAUCAUGGCACUCACUACAGGGGUAGUUUGUCAGUUUGUGUCAUCGUACGAUCUUGCUAGGUGCAUUCCUGCCUUAUGUACCCAUAGUCUAAUACCAAUACAUUAGCGAGGAGUUCAUUUGAAAAGCCUGAUAAAACAUGUGAAACUCUGACCUGAAAGAAAUGCAAAAUUGCCGAUGUUGAGAACAGCAUAUCAGGUUGACAUGAGCGAUAGUGAGUGCUGGAAAGGCAACAUUGUUUGCCUAAGCAUUGACAUCAGCUUCAUCUGAUCAGAUCUGAUUUGAAAAAUUACUUUCAAUUUUCUUUCGCACUGCUGUCUCAAGCAUUCAUUGCAUUGUCUCAUGCAAUUAGCUAUAUCUUAUAGGCUGUAUGGUGUUUAUUUGCAUUACUUUUAAACCUAGAAGCAUGCUCAGACUCUCAGUGGUAAGUUGCCUUUUACAUGCUGCAUGUGUCUACUUAAUUACUACAAGGCCUGCCACCUUGUCUUUUUUUCUUUACGUGUAUUCCUUUAACGCUGCUGUACCUUGUGGAAGCCACGUGGCUUUGUGUGCAAUAUGUCAAGCACCAGAAAGGAACACAAGAUUUUGCAUGGCAGUGUUAUAUUUAAAUCAAAGAGUAGCAUGCCAUUACCUGCAGUGUGCGAACUUUCAAGCUACCAUGUAUAGUAGUUAAGGCACCAGCGAAGAACCUUAGGCCAACAAAAAAUGACUGAUCUGUUUGUUUUCCUUCGUAUUUUCUUCUCAUACAUACGUGAAAUUGUUUUUGUGCAAGAGCCGUUACUUAAGCCGAGUUUCUGUCCCGACGUUGUGCCUUUAAAUGUGUCUAUAGAGCUUGUGCCAGUUUUAAAGGGUUUCCUUUUUUUUUUUAAUUUGUGACAGAGUUCCUACUCUAAGGGCUACACUUUGAUGUCACCACAAAAUAUUCAUGCUUUAUGCAUCAGGGGAACUUCACAAGGAGUUUUCCCAAAACUUUGGUGAAGAAGCUUGUGUUUUGUGCUCGGUGAUCAUUUUCCAACUCGCAUAGCGCGAACUUUUGUAAGGGCUGUUGAUCACCGUUUUGUUUCUUGUCAUUUCAGUAUUAUUCCUACGAGUUGCGCUCCCCACAUAGUGUGUUCCGUGUGCUGUGCUUGUUGAAAAAAAAAAAAGAAACAGCCUUUUUAUUUAGCCAUAGUGGCCGCAGGUAACACGCAUACUGCCAUGCAUUGAAUGCGUCUCUUUUCUUACCUGCGAAAAACGUUUCCUGGUGGCGAGUUUCGCUGGUUGAUUCAAAGAAGAUGCGUGAAUUUUGUACCUAGUGAACAUUCUCGAGAAUUUCAAUGCACCAGACACGAACAGAGGGCUUUCUUCCAGACCGAAGCUUGUGCUGACAAAUUUUUACAGUUGAAGUGAUGGAUUGUACUGUGUAAAAUUUAAUUACUUCCCUCAUUUUGCUCAUGGUUCAUGCACACAUUGUCGAAAGAAGAGUGGAGCUUGAAAUGCAGCAAGUGCGGAAAUUCUUGCGAGCUUGUUAAUAUGCUCAUAAGAGCUGAAAUUAACGCAAACUCGGCAUUUGAGCUGGUGGAAACUGUCGAAUUCAUUCGAGGUCUAAGCUCUGUGUGUGCUUCCCAGUCAGUCAUCAGGAAAAUUAGUUGCAAUUCACUGCAGAAUGAGAAUGUAAUCCUAAACGAACAGUGGUUUAGCAUGUUCUAAGUAAACCAGUGAACGAAGCAGAAACAGAUCUUGUGCUGUCAGAUGCCAUGAAGCAACCAUCUUCGGAUCAACCCGUGAAAUUCGCCUUCAGUUUUGCAAUAUCGUACUCGACACUGCCAGCGCGUCGUAUUAACAAGAUGCUCUAGUCUGUAACCACCACCUCUCCAAUGCAUUCCACGAGAGAUGAGCAUGGAACAGCAUUUACGUUUAUUAUUUUUUUUAUACAUGUUUGUGUUGUCCUUUCAGUAGUGUCCCCCAAGUUUGUUUUCCAUUUUGUUAAUUUUGUGGGAGCAAUUUUUCAUUCGCCUGUCGUACAACGGCCUUUUUCUGCUUUUUGUAUGGUUUGCUAUGUUUUUAGUACUUUAUUUUUAGGUGCUUUACUCUGCCAUUUGCUUGAUGUAAUGGCUUUUUAAUUCAAGCGUAGAUGCGAUAUCUAGCCACUUAAAGCUUUCCUUCCCAGUAGUGGGCUCAGAAGUCCAGAGUGUGGAAACUUUGCUGUUCGGGAAUUCUACUUUUUAUCAUUUGUGGUAACUGUAGGUACUUCGUAGGUGAAAACCUUUGACAUUGAGUCUUGCAUGUAACUGGUGAAUUUGUGCCUGUGCUCGCAAACUGAAAUGCAAUCAUUAAAAUUUUAACAGUGUAGAUUGUGAGAUUUCUGAUAUGAAGCAAUAUUCGCAUAAAUCUUUUCCAAGAAUGAGGAGUUAAUUGAAGUUGCACUGUUUUCAGUCAGUCACCAUAUUGUAAACUAUGUAGUGUCGAAGAUUUCCUCUAAGUUUGUGAAUUUACUUUUAUUCUGUCAUGGAAAUCUGCAAACCUGGACUCUGUUCCACAAAAGUGCCUUUAAUGUACCACUAGACCGAAAAAUCUCCUCAGAUUUUGCAGAAGUCUUUUGGCAAAGGAAAUCAAAGGGAGCAUUCAUUAUUGCAAUACAAUCAUUGUAUCUCGACAUAUAAAAUACACAUUUUUCAACAUUUAGCUGUGUUUUUUUUAUAUUUUAGCAUUUAAUGUAGUAUUUUUAUAUUUUAGCAUUUAAUAUAGUAUAGUUUGAUUCGAUUGCCUUGAGCAUAGAUGAAAGAGAUAGAUUAACAGCUAAUUUGUCUACAUUAAAAAGCAAUUUUUAAAAGGUGAAGUUAAAUUUUGAAAAGUGAAGUUAAAAGUAAAGAAUAAAAGCCAGUAUUUCUGCACUUAGAUACUGCCCCCAAAUGAUGGUGCGAGUGACAAUGCUCAGAUUUCACAUGCUGCACAAUACUUCACGUAUUUGUCUCUCCCACUAUUGUUUUAGGUUAUGUCCCAGAAGUACCAAGGUUAUCCAUUAAUUUUUUUUUCCAUUCAAGUGUCUUCAAAUAUGCUAUUAUGUUUUUGCAUUGUCGAGCGCUGGCCACUUAAUAACUUCCACCAAAAAAAGGCUUAAUUUGGAGGGUAUGUGAAAGCUGUACUAAUCAGUGAUUUCUGGUUGCCAAACUUAUCCUCUCUCAAAGAACAGUCUACUUGUAGUAUUUCUAGUUAUAGUAGUGAAAUCGGUCAUCCAAACUUUGCUUUUGUGCUCAGCUUGUUGCACGCCGCAAAGAAGCCGAAUGUGGGCAAAUUUCGUUGUACACAUUAUGCGCACGCACUAGCAUUACAAUGCAUUGAUUUAGUGCAAUGUCGAAGGAGAUGUGUAUUGUAAGACCUGCGUGAUUUUAAAUGAGGUCAUGUGCCAUUUCGUUGCUGGUACGGAGCUUGCCACAGGCCAUACCUAAAAGCACAGUAUUGUUCGUUUUUGUUUGUUUUACUUUGCUGUACAGUAUUAUUUUCCUCUACAAUGUUCUGACCAAACAGGCUGCACCAGCACACCUUGCUUUUUUGUAUGUCCUGCAUUGAUGUGACAGUUUUGUUUUCGUGAAACAUAUUUAAAUGUACUUGGGCAUUUGUGCACAAAUGCCUUUUUUACAGAAUUUUUAAUGAAACAAAUGCUUUUGCAUGUGUGUGUAAUUGUCUCAUCUUGUACAUAUAAAAUUAAUUGGCAGUGUA